AUGAGUGUGAAGCAACAUGACGAGAAGGAGUAUGAGGAAGAGUACAGAUGUGAGCCCUUCGUGCAAGGGGCUCAAUCCCACUUGACCAGUUUCGUGGCUCCGGCGUGCACAAUCACGUGUUGCCGGCCUCGAGUCGCUAGGCCCAAUCGUCUACACAUUGGCCAGCCCGAAAUGUCUCUCCUCUUGCAAGGUCCCCUUUCGUGGUCUUCCGGGUCGGUUGCCCUUUGA